AGAACAACGAUAAACUAACCGACAGAUCGUGACAAAUUGCAAAUAAUUCCGCGUUUUUACAUCGCCAGCCGAUCGACUAGCAUUUCCAGCGGUUUCGAAGUCAGUCGCUCUUUAGCUUGGGUCACCUGCGGUUUUGGGACCGUCCCCCAUGUUUCGAUAAGUGUUUUGUGUCUGUAUUGGAAAUAAAUUUUAAAAUUAUUUACUAAAAUAUGUCAUGCAAAUCGUGGACCCUGCCGCGCAUGUCGCAAUCGGGUCCAUCCACCCACAGUCUCCUGAAUUCAGUGCGCCUCACUUAUGCCUUAUGCGCUUUUUUGAAUUGUUUUCUUCACGCCGCCAUGAGAAACAUGCUCGGCAUGAUUAUACUGAAAAUGGUCAAGCCCCGCCCAGAGGAUCACCUGGAGACUGCAUCCCAGGUGGCCCAACAGCUGGGGGAGUACAAUGUUACCACUACGGGACGCUGUGGGGACUAUCGACUCGGCCCCAACCCAAUAGUCCAAGUGCCCCAGACAGGUGAUUUGCAUUGGACCCGUAACCAGGAGUUAACAUUUCCCGGAAUUUAUUAUUAUGGCUAUGUGGUUUCCUUAUUUCUUGCCGGUCAUUUAGCUGAUCGAUACAGCAGCAAGAGGAUUUUAAUCCUAUCUCUUGCCCUGACAGCCCUGGUCUAUAUCCUGUUACCAUUAAUGGCUCAUUACAGCUUCGAAGCGGCAGCGGCCAAUCUGGUAAUCUGUGGAAUACUGGCGGGCGGCGGAAAUCCAGCUAUGUAUAAGCUCUUCGUUAUUUGGGCGCAUCCCACGGAAAGGACCUCUUUGAUUGCGUUUGCCUACAGCGGGAUUCUUAUAGGAUCUCUGAUGAUAUUUCCCCUGGCUGGUUUCCUAAGCGAAUUUUUCUGGGAGCUCCCGUUCUACGUACUGGGCUCCGUGUCAUUGAUUUUUGGAAUAAUUUGCUUCUGGCUCAUAUACGACAAUUUGGACCAACAUCCUCGUAUAUCAAAGACGGAAUUGGACUACUUACAACAAGGAGUUGUGGUGCAAACCAAUCCGACGGCUAAGGUUCCUUGGAAAAAAUUGCUGAGCUCCCUUCCGGUAUACUCCUUCAUUAUGACCCAUGUAUUUCAUAAUUACACAUUCUUGGUGCUUGCAAUUUUAAUGCCACGAUUAAUGCGUGAGGCCAUGGAAUUUGAUUUGAGGCAUGUGGGUGUUUUCUCAUCUAUUCCGUUCUUGGGCGCAUGCUGCUCCAAGGCAGUGUGCAUCCUUGGCGGAGGCUACCUAGAGCGACGCAUGGGAUCUCAGCAAAACUGGAUACGUCGGCUUCUUUAUGUGAUCAGCUGCAUUGUGACAAUAUCCUGCACAAUCGUCAUCAUCAUGUCUGAUUGUGGAAACAAAAUGUUGGUUCUGUUUAUGUUUUCCCUACUCAUGUGCUUCUCGGAUAUGGGAUUCGGCAUCUACUGGCCCACCUUGCUUUACUUUGGGCCCUCCUUUGCGGGUUUAAUUUCGGGAGUGGCCAAUGGAUUGGCGCAUCUAUCCGGAUUUUUGGCGCCACAACUUGUUGCCUCCCUCGUGCAUACCGGUAGUAAACCCGAAUGGAAUAUGGUUCUGUUGAGUUUGGUUGCCUUUAACAUCAUGGCCUUGCUGGUAUUUGGAUUGUGCAGCAGUACCAACUUACAACCAUGGGAUCCAAGAAGCAAUAAGGCGCCAACUAGAAACAGAGAAGCCAAAGAGAAUAAUAGUUAGCUUUUAAUUUGUUUUCGUUGUUUUAAAUUUUUCGCGCCAAGUUGCGUUUAACAUUUUUAUCGAUAAAAUAACAGCUAGAGAUGUGAUAACAGAAUAAUAAAUACUGUUUCAACUUUAA